CCCUGAAGACAAACGUCAUCAAUUUCGAUGUCAUCUGGGUGGGCGUUCGAUGGUUGACUUGAAUAAAUUACUUUUCAUAUUUAGCGCCGAAAUUAUGUACUAAAAUUUUAAUAUUCCUGCGAGUACAUUUUGUUAAAUAAACUCAGACGCUGAUAUUGAGUUAUAAAUAUUACAUGCGGUGCACUUGGCAUUUCGAAAUCAACUAAGCAUGACCGUAACGACGUGGUGUAAACUUGUCAUCAACUCAUUUAUAUUACUUGCUCUACUGAGCAAAGAGGGUGGCGCCAAGACAAACUCUAAAAACGCUGUGAUGGAGGAUGUAGCUGACUUCAAAGAUUUCAAGAAAUUAUUACGGACCAAAACGAAUGUACUGGUUUUGUUUGUCUCAGGAGUGAAGGAAGCACCUGUUGAGUUGAAGGUAUUCCGUGAAGCAGCCAAUGCAGUUCGUGGUACAGGUACUAUGGUACUGAUUGACUGCACACAAAGUGAACGCAAAAAAUUGUGUAAAAAGUUAAAAGUUUCGCCAAAUCCUUACAUAUUCAAACAUUACAAGGACGGAGAUUUUCAUAAAGAUUACGAGCGCCAAGUUACUCUUUCGUCUAUGGUUAAUUUCAUGCGUGACCCUGCCGGCGAUUUACCAUGGGAAGAGGAUCCGGUGGGAGCGGAUGUGUUACAUUUCGCCGAUUAUUCAUCAUUCCAGCGCCAUUUGCGCAAGGAUAUGCGUCCAAUGUUAGUCAUGUUCUAUGUACCUUGGUGUGGUUUUUGUAAACGCUUUAAACCAGACUAUUCUAAAGCAGCAACAGAAUUAAAAGGUAAAAACUAUGUCAUUGCGGCAAUGGAUGUAGAGCGCACGGAGAAUGCACCGGCAAGACGUGCAUAUAACAUUACAGGAUUCCCCACAAUAUUGUAUUUUGAGGGCGGUGAACUGAAACGUUCUUAUGAAGGUGAUAAUAAUAAAGAUGGUAUUGUUGCUUUUAUGAAAGACCCGGAAGCGGCGCCUGUCCAAAAAGAGAAAGAGGCAGAUUGGUCGUCUGAUCCAAACUCUGAAAUUGUACAUUUGACAAAACAGGGCUUCGAGCCUGCACUCAAAGACGAAAAAUCAGUUUUAGUUAUGUUCUACGCACCUUGGUGUGGCCAUUGCAAGCGUAUGAAGCCAGAAUAUGAGAAGGCCGCUGUAAUUAUGAAGGAUCGUAAAAUACGUGGCAUAUUAGCCGCUUUAGAUGCAACCAAGGAAAAGACAAUUGCAGAAAAAUUCAGCGUUCGCGGUUACCCAACUCUCAAAUAUUUCGUAAAUGGCGCUUUCAAAUUUGAUGUAAAUGUGCGCGAUGCAUCGAAAAUUGUUGACUUCAUGGCUGAUCCCAAAGAGCCACCACCCCCACCUCCGCCUGAAAAAUCUUGGGAAGAUGAAGAAAACACGGAAGUGCUCUUUUUAAACGAGGAGAAUUUUAGCACGAUUUUAAAACGUAAAAAACAUGCGCUCGUAAUGUUCUAUGCACCAUGGUGUGGCCACUGCAAGAAAGCAAAACCAGAAUUUAACGCUGCUGCCGAUGAACUAAAAGAUGAUCCACGAGUAGUAUUGGCUGCUGUGGAUUGCACCAAACAUCAAAGUCUAUGCCAGUCUCAUGGUGUUAACGGUUAUCCAACUAUUAUAUACUUUUCAUACCUCAAAACGAAAGCGGAUUACAAUAGUGGACGCAAUAGCAAAGACUUUGUUGCAUUCUUGACUAAUCCAAAUCUUUCUGCCAGUGAGACCGUACAGAUUAAGCACAAAGCAGAUGAGCUGUGAUGUCAAGGAAUUUAUGCAUUUACUUUUUUCAUGCCGUCAGGGAAACACCUCUGUCUAUUACUACCCAACGAACAAAACCUGCAGAUAUUCUAACUUAACUUCUAGGUUAUUAAAAAGUAUUUUUUAAUGUAAGUAUCUAAACAUGUGAUUCAUUCUACUGUGCUCUCGAAAUUUAAUAAAAUGUAUUUUAAUAAAUAAACCUACCAACCAGUGCAAUUUUGGUAUAAAUCA